CUGGCCCCAUUACUUCACAUCUUAGGUCAGCACGCUGGCAAACAAUCCCCGGCCAUGCAUCCAUCGCACACCUCCAUCCUCACCCAUACCGACAGCAACACGUCCAUCACGCGUCUUCAGUAGUAGGCGUCUCCACGCCGCGACGGCAUCCAUUCGACGCUUUGGGACGCGAUCGCUCGCGCCAGUGGAGGGGUUUGACAUCACAAUCACACUGCCGGCACCCUUCCAUAUGACAUAUGUUCUGAAUCGCGUCGUCAACGCGUCAAUAUUGCCUGCCCUUCUAGGCACUUAUCACCUGACACGCGUGGAUUGACGCUCAACGAAGAGCAAGUACAAAGGGUGAGCUCGAUAAAAUGAAUGCGUUGCAAGAUUCGCGCUUUCAACAACAAGGUGCAGCUGCGGCGGCAGCUGGUGGUGGUGGUAGUGGUAGCGGGCCUCUUUCGGGCGCUCGGGAUUCACGCACGGCGCCAUCGGUCGAGCAAGCAGAACAGCAACACGUCGAAGCGCAGCUCAAAGGACAUGCGCAACCGUUUCAGCCCCACGCCCCCGGGCAAGGACAUCAUUUCCCCCCCCAUCAUCAUCACCAGCAGCAGCGUCACGCGCUAGGCCACGGCGAUCAGCAACACCAAGGCGAUGCAGCCGAUUCAUCCUGGUAUACGCAGUCAAUGCCACCGGAGAACUGGCGCUCGAGCUCAGACGUAAGGGAUGCGGAAAACUCAGCUGCAGCUGUCGCGUUGGCAGCUGCGGCUGCGGAGGCUUCGCGCCACGCGCAUACGCAUGGACAUGGGCAAGCACAAGGGCCAGCAGACCCUGACAACCAGGGCCAGGGCCAAGAUCGCCGGGGCACCGGACCACCUCCGCCGCCGCCGCUAGAGUAUUAUUCGCAGGAGCCAGGUGUGCCCGAUUCAGCACAAGUACCAUGCGCCGAAGGCUCCACCGUCGCUGGCGCGGGAGCAGCAGGGCCAGCUGCCGGAAACGGUACAGCGGCCGACCGCGAUGCUUCUGUCCCAACCUGUGAUGCAGCCGACCUGAUUAAUACUGCCGACGGGCAGGCCGUUUCCGGCAAGCGCAAACGCGGGAUCAGAGAUGUUGACCCGAGUAAACGCGCGGCACAGAAUCGCGCUGCGCAGAAGCGGUUCAGGGAGAAGAGGGACGAGAAGUACCGCAGACUCGAGGAAGCACAGCAGACGUUCGAUGCACUCAAGGCGGCGCGCGACGAGCUGGCUACGCAGCUGACAUCCUUCGCGGCGGAGCGGGAAGAGUUACGUGCGCGAAUCUUGGCAGCCGAGAUGAUAGCGAGCGAUCUGCGGGCCGAGAGCACGCAGCUGCGCGCAGCGCUCGAUGGCGAGGUCGAAGCUGUGUACACGCAGCUGCGCGAGGAGAACAUGAACCUCAAAGGCGCACUACGGGCCUUUGCAGGCGGCAAUGGCCAAGUGCAGGCGCAGAUUCAGCACUCGGGUCUGCCAGGCGCAACGAACGCUGUCAUCGCCGGCAACAGUACCAAUGCGCCUGAAGGCGCUAGUGCCACUGGUAGUAGCAGCGGAAACCCGGAGGGGAUCGAGCAGAUCCUGCAGCAGUAUCACAUUCCAUACCCAGGUUUCACUCCUUCCGCUCCUGCUGCGGAUGCACCUGGCAUGACGACUGACCCAACCGGCGCGACUGCAUCGGCGACGAACACUACUGAUACCUCAUUGCAGCCGCCUGGGCAGUCAUUGACAUCAGCACCCGAUGAGAAGUCAGCGCCAGCACCAGCAGCUUCCGGCUCGCAACCCGCCGGCGGCACCAGCCUUGUCCCUGGUCUUGGCACACGUGCCGGACCGCUCGACCACCUCGUCACGGCUGCUGCUUCGGCGCCGCGAGCAGACACGUCCACGACCGCUGGUGCAGGCAGGCGCCAGACGCGAGGGUCAACAACGACGGCGACUGCGUUGUAAUUAUUUCCCAUAGUAUCAUGCUACAAUUUUUUCGGAGCGGUCUCUCUCGCAUGCAUUAUACGCAUUC